UUUUAUUUAAACAUCUUCGAGUAGCCUAGUCUAAAAUAUUUUAUCUAGAAAGUUGACUUGACAACUGCUAUUUUAAUUACUAGUGAUUCAACGCUUCCAAUUUACGUUUUGUCAGCUUAUUAUACAUUCAUUCAACAAUUUUUACGUUUUAGAAAUGAACACACCAAAAAAGACCAAGAAGAUUAAGAAAAAAUAUAAAAAGUCUAGCUGGUAUGACGUUCUAUAUCCAACUUAUAAAUCGAGAUGCAUUGAUUUCAAAAGAAUUUUUGCCAACGUUAUUCCCGCCGAUGAUAUAUUAAUUGCAGAUUAUGGCUGUGCUCUACAACGUGAAAUCUUGGUUCAAGGACGUUUGUACGUCUCAUUGAACUAUAUUUGCUUUUACGCCAACAUAUUCAGAUGGGAGACAAUGGUUUACGUUAGAUGGGAAGACGUGAGUGCGAUAAAUAGAGAGAAAACUGCUUAUGUAAUUCCAAAUGCAAUCCAAAUUCACACAGAAAACGAAAAAUAUUUUCUAACAUCGUUCAUUUCAAGGGAUAAGACGUAUGCUAUGCUAUUCAGAUUAUGGCAGAAUGCAUUGUCUGAUCAGUCAUUUUCCAGAGCGGAUGUACUGAAUUUGGUGAAAUUAUAUUACGGCACUGACCUGAGUUAUAGCAGUGAGGAUGAUGAAUCAAUAGCAACGGACGGCUACAUGUCAAGGUCAACAAGCAGGGCAUCUGACCCUCCUAAAUCACCGAGAUUUACUACAAGUAUUGAUAAUGGUGAGAUAAGAGAAAAAAUGCUGUCAUUCGUAAAUGCUGAAGUUGAAUUUUCUGAAAGUAAUGAGAUUAAGGAAGAACCGAUCACUUGUCCCAUACCUCAUGAAGGACGUCUAAUUUUGAAAGGUGAUUUCAAUGUGGAUGUUGAUAAGUUAUUCGAAUUGCUUUUCUCAGAGUCUGAGUUUUUCAUCAACUUCCAUAAAUCACGGAAAAACACAGAUUUGAAGUUCAUACCCUGGAUACUUAAUUCAGAUUCAAAACUAAAAGUAAGAACAUUCAGUCUGAAUGUGCCAGUGAAUCAGCCUCUUGGGCCCAAGUCAUGUCACGUUAAGGAAAAACAGAUAUUGUCGAAACUAAGUCAGCCUGGAAAAAUGUACAUUGUCGAUGCUGAAUCAACUAACCACGGUGUUCCGUAUGCUGAUUCUUUUUGUGUGGAAUUCCACUAUUGUUUGCUCAAAACGUCUUCAAAAUCUUCAUCUGUAUCUGUACACACGCGAAUAACGUACAAGAAAUCAGUUUGGGGACUUAUAAAAAGCUUUAUAGAGAAGAACGUUUGGGCUGGCGUAGAGGACACUUUCAAUCACCUAUUGAAAUCACUCAACGAACACUGCCAACAAGAAGUGAAUCAAGACAAAAACACCGAAUCAUUAGACGAGAAACCCAAUCAACCAGUAGGUGAUUUGUUAGCAAGUGACAGAUUAAGCAAAAAUUUCAUUUCACAACUUGAAACUGAAACUGUGAUAGAGCCUCGACAAAUGACGUCACUGAAAACUGAGAAGCAAGUUCCUUUGCGCGCGAUUAUUUUCAGUGUACUGGUCGUUUUGGCUUUGAUUAAUUUCGCCCUAUUCUGUCAUUAUAAUUGUUCGGAGAAGAAUUUCAACAUUCACAAGAAAUUAGAUAAUAGACUCACCAAUAGAGUAUGUGACAGAUCUCUUGACUGUCCAGAGGCGAUGUAUUGUACCAAGUCCAGUCAAUUGGACUGGCGAGACCUGAUACAUUCUUUAUCUAUUAUACAACAGGCUGAAAAUAACUUGAGAAUAGCAAAGGCCAGACUUAUUGAGUUAAUUCAAAGGAACUCCAAAAUGACUUCCGUUGCUCAUUAAUCAGAUUACUGGAUGUUCUUACCAGUAAUAAUGCUAUUGCUUACACGAUUAUUGAUAGAUCUUCAAGACUGCAGGGUACUUAAAAGCAUAUACUGUAUAUUUUUGUGUGUAAGAGAAAACUUCAAGCUAAGAUCCCUAGAUUAUUCUCUGUUUAUUUUAGCUUUACUAUUCAGUGUAAUAGCUUAUCUCAAUUCUGCUGAAAAUCAAUAUCUACUUUUUGAGAAUGUGCUCUAAUAGAUAUGUUUUGUUUUAUUUCUUUGAGAUUAGGCUAUCACUGAUUUUAACUUCUAGUCUUGGUAAGCUCUAUUACAAUUCAGUGUAAAGUUACUAUGCUUCCAAAGAAACAUAACUGUGUAUUUAAUAUGAAUGAAUAUUAUUGUAGAUAGAAUUCAGCAAAUGAAUUAGUGUAGUUAACAGAAAUAUGUAGAUUUCUCGAACUUUUUUGUUUGUCUUUUGAAGGAUAUUGCUUAAUGAUAUUUUGGUGAUCUUAAUCAUUUUUUUAUCUACACAUAGUUCACCCAAGUUUCUCCAUCUAUUGAUUAAAUCAACAAAUCCUAGAUGAGACUGAGUUCCUAAAAUUGAAAUUCAUUUUAUGAAGAUUACAGUGUUUUAAAAACAUGUAUUUUCAAGUUUUAUGUAGAAGUUAAUAAAUAUCCCAUUAAGGUGCGUCCAGAUUUACGCGCCGCGAACAUGAGCAAUUCACUUUUAAUCAGCUGUUGCCAAGCUUUUUAUAUCUGUAUCUUACCGUUUCUGUAAAAAUACAGAUAUAGUCAGCUGAUUAAAAUUGAAUUGCUCAUGUUCGCGGCGCGUAUAUCUGUACGCACCUUUAGAUAAAAAACAUACAAAAUAAUUAUUGUACCUUGCCAAAAAAUUGAUGAGUAAAAUCAACUGUAAUCAAUAUAACUUACUGAUAAGAUAAUUCAGAAUUCCUACAAUUUAUUAGAUAAUAUUCGAUGAUUAAAAAAUACAAUACAUAAGAAGAAUAUUAAAUGUUUCAAACUUCGUAUUUUGCUAGUCGCUAAAAAUCUAUAGAAAAAUUAUCUUAAAUUCAAGCAACAAUGCACAUUCAUAGUGAAAUGUUAGUAUUGUGAAUAAUGUAUACUGUACUGUAUUAUCUUCAAGUAAAUUUAUUGGAAGAAAAUUGAAUGCUUGUCGACGAUAGAUUAGAAAAACAAUUGUUCAAGAUUCGCUAUAUAAGAAAAUAGUGGGCCAAUUUUAAAUUUUAAUACUGUUAUACUCUUUUUAGAAAAACACUUUUUUCAUAAGAAUGCUUCCUAGAGCAUUUAUUUUUAUCAAAGAUGUAGAGGCUGUGAAAUGUAUAUAAAAUCGAUAAUUAACUGGUUAAUUGAAUUGGCUAUGAGAGUUAUCCUGAACUCAAUCUAUUGUGCUUUUAAUAAAUUUUUCGUUUCUUCUAAAAUUUGAUGCCAAAUCUUUGCUUUAAUCUGCAAAAAAAUGAAAAUGAAUUGAUAAAAAUACUCAAUAUAAUGAUAAUUAUUAUAGAAAAUACACUAAGGAAAUAAUUGUUGAAACUGAUUAUUAUACGGAAACAAUUAUAUUGUAAGAUGUAUAAUACGGUUAUACAUUAUGAUUAUUGACUUGUACGUAAAGAAUGUAAGGAUUUAGACAGUCUUAGAUUUUUGAGAAUAAGGAAUGAACCAAGUUAUGUUCUUUACUCAAUCAAAUUCUGACGACUCAUACCUCAAAGAUUAGUUCAACGACCUGACGUAUGUUUUAUAAUUAGAUGUGGUUUGGAACCCACCUGAAAUAGUGAAUCCACCAUGUUCCAUGACUACAUGUAAUAUUAACAUGACUGUACUUAAUUUUCAUGACAAGGUUAUGCAAUCGUACGGGUCAAACCUCAAAAAAGCCAUAACAUAUUAUUUUAUUAUGUCUAUCCUGAUGUAAUAUUCUGUGAAAGUGUAUAGUGUAUUAUUUUCAAGUCGAAUACCAAAGACUUAUAGUUGUAAAACUUACUAAUGAUUUGGUGUUAAGGCUGUGGAUUGUACAUUUUUCAUCAAAUAAAAAUGAUGUUUCAAGUAAAAUUGAUUUUACUUCUA